AUGGCCCUUCUCUUCGAAACGCCCAAAAAUUUUCGACCUCCCCAGAGUUUCGCUCGGGAGCGACGUCAGGAGCCUCUCCACGGUGGCCUGCUGAAAUGUCUGACGGUGGAGCUGAUCACCACCUACCAGCAGUGCUGCAAUGACUUUGUGUACAGCGACACCACGGCCCCUCGACGCGUUCUCACGAAGCUGUCCAAAGGUGUGCACAACGGAAACUAUGACAAUGCCGAGCACGACUACAUUUGCCGAGUAGGUGAUAAGAUCGUGAACCCGGACGGCCAUGCCUACGAAAUCCUUGAGCGGCUGGGGCAUGGCACCUUUGGCCAGGUCUUGAAGAUUCACCACUCGACUUCCAACAGUCAUGUGGCUUUAAAGAUCAUCAAGAACAAACCUGCUUAUUUCCAUCAGGCGCUGGUGGAGGUACGCAUUCUGCAAAUGCUGAAUCAGGAGUUUGAUCCUGAUGACGACAAGCGGAUCGUGAGGAUGCUGGAUUUCUUCGUAUACAGAAAGCAUCUGUGCAUUGCAUUCGAAUUACUCAGUGUGAACCUCUAUGAGGUUCUAAAGCAAAAUUCAUUCCGUGGCGUGUCCAUGGCCUUGAUCCGCGUGCUCACAGAUCAGCUUCUCAAGGCGUUGCGCUGCCUGCGCGAGGCCUCCGUCAUCCACUGUGACCUGAAGCCCGAGAAUGUCCUUCUCAGCAACAUUCACCACACGCGCAUCAAACUGAUCGACUUUGGAUCUGCUUGCUUCGAAAGCCAUACGGUCUACCCGUACAUCCAGUCUCGCUUCUACAGAUCACCCGAGGUCCUGCUUGGAGUGCCUUACACCAGUGCCAUUGACAUGUGGAGUCUGGGCUGCAUUUGCGCCGAGCUCUUCCUUGGCCUGCCGGUUUUCCCCGGGCACUCCGAGUACAAUCAGGUUUGCAGAAUUGUGGAGGUGCUUCGAAUGCCUCCCUCAAGCCUUCUUGACGUGGGGCGCAACACCCGGAGAUACUUCCGGAAGGAAUCUGUACCGCCGAAGGUGGAACAGGAGGAUGGAGCAGAAGGUGCUUCCAGCAGCGGCGACCAUUCCCAGGCUCAGGAUCCUCGUGAUGGAGAUGCCUCACAGUCGAGCUCUUUAGGUGCAGCGGGCGAUGAAGAUCCGAAGGAGCCGCCGGAGACGCAGAGCCCUGAACAGAAAGCCACGAGUCCCAAGGUUUCUGAGGACUCGUUCUGUGUCGUUUCUGGCGCCGGUGGGGAUGGUGCCAUUUGCAACGGUGAGUACCGCAAGGUUGGCGAGCACAACGACAAGCCAAUGUACAAGAAAAUCGGCGGCAAUGCCAUUAUCUACUUCGACGAGUCGUGGAAGAUCAAUGCGUGCAUCGACACCGGCGGUUGGUACUACUUUGCGCCGGAUUCGGCUUCUACCACGCCCCCUGAAGGUCAGUGGACGACCGAUCCGUCCAUGAAGGAUGCGAACCCACCACCUCUAAUUUCUACUCGCAAGGCCGCAACCAAAAGUGCCAGCUUCCUCGACCUGUUGAAGCAUCGCUUAGGCAUGGGGAACAUGGAGACGGAGAAGCCGUCCGCAACUGAGGGUGCUCCUGAGCCGUCUGCCACCGCUGAAGCCUCCACGGCAACCUCAGCUGCUUUGGAGACCCAGGACGGCAGCAUCCAAGGAGGGCGCCGCCUGGGAGACGAGAGAGACACCACAGAGGCAACAAGCGAAAGGGAAACAUCGAGCUUCAGCGAUGCAGCACGUGCCAUUGCAGAGCUCAAGCGAAAGCUCCCAAGGCAGAAGUCAAAGCGUCGCAUCGCCUGGCGAUUGAAAACCAAGGAGGAAUACGAGCGCGACGAGCACAAGAAAGAGCCAAUUCCAAAGAAGUACUUUAACUUCUGCUCGCUUGAAGAGAUGGUCAACAUGGUGCCCUUCCGCAGCAAUUUGGCCCGCCGCACCUUGAAGGAGGAGCAAGAUCGGCGGCUGUCGUUCCUCCAGUUUCUCACAGGUCUUCUGCAGCUGAACCCAGACAAUCGCUGGACACCGAUGCAGGCUUCUGGACAUCCCUUCAUCAUGGGCUUUCACUACGACCCCGAAUGGCGACCAGCUCCGGACCAUCCUGUGCCCUCCUUCAAGCAGGCGGUGCCACCGAGUCGCUUGGAAGCGCCGGCGUCAGGAGUGGUUCCUCUGCUGCCAUCCGCGAAGCUGAGACCUGUUCCAGGAACUGGUGAGGAGGGCACCGGAGGUGGCUCAGCACGUGCCUGGGACGAGAAGACAAUGGGCCCAGGUCUGGAAGCGGAACACACUCGGAGCGCUCCUGCGACCACGCGGGACAGUGGCCAAAGCAAGAGCGCCGAACUGACAGGAGCCGGCUCCGACGAGAAGGUUCCACAGGCAGCUUUGCGUGGACUGUGGGGCCAUCUCUGCAUGGGCAUCCCCCUGCCAGAUGACAAUCCAGCGGAGAGCUAUCGUCCACCAAUCGACAAAAUGUCCGAGCGAUUUUUCAGCUCCUUCAUGGAGGCGGAAGAGCGCAAGCGGCGCAGCUCCACGGAGACCAGCGAGGCCGCAGAGUUUGGUGGGGCGAGCCCGCCCAAGGCCAGUGCCGGAGCUUCCUUCUGUUCUUCAGCCUCUUCUACAGGCUCCACCCCAACCGGCCGGCACGCGGUGCAGCGCACUGUGGCAUCGCCUUUGCUGAAGAAUCUGCCCAGCGAUCUGCGCCUUUCUGGGGCGCAGCGGCCAAACUUGGGAGGAACAGCUCCAACGACUUCGCCGCACGGAUCCUUGGCCUCGACAGCACCUGGGCCGAGCCACGGCUCGGGGCGGCCAGCCUCCGGCCCAUUGCGAGGUGGCAGUGGUGCGAGCGUUGGGCUCGGCCCUGGUCGUGGCGGAAGCCGGGGCUCCUCGCCCUGGCACCUGCCCUCCCCCAUGUCGGAGCUCUCCACAGCUUCAGAGCGCCUCAACUCUUCGCAGCCUUCGGGGAGCGACUCCUGCGGGGAGCCAGGGUCGGACGGGGCCUUUGCUUUCGAGGAUCAACGCCACUCGGAGUCGGAGGGCUCCCCUUUCCCCGGGCCAUACGGUGCGGGACCGCAGGUUGAGGCGAAGGACAUUCAGACCAUGAGUGCGAUGUGGGAGAACAUAAAGCACGAGAUGAGCCGAGUGGAGCUGGGAAGGGAUCGUCUGCCACGGCGACUGGAUAUCCAGAGCCCCGGAACCACAGGAACGCUCCCGUUUCGCGAAGCGAUUGGCAUGAACGACAAUGGGCCCGUCAUCCCGCGACGGGAUCCGCACAGCAUGAGAACACCGUCGUCCUCGUCGCAGACCAACCCCAACGAAGAGCCUGCUUCCUCUGGUCCCAGCGGGGGCUCGACCUCCGCUGGUUCGAACUCUGGCCUCAGCGUUCUCAACGCGAUGUCGCGAUCUGUAGAUGGGCAUUUGGGACUUGGUGGCUUUACGCAUGGACCCGCCAGCUCAACACGAAGGAAGGGGAAGCGUCCCUAG